AUGAAUUUAAAAAUUGUACACAUUUUUUGGUAUCUUAUAGCAAGCAGUUUUGGUUUUUUCUAUAAACCUUCCAUGGAUACCGGUAUAAGUGUUGUUCGGAAAGCACCCAGAUGGAAUAUGCCCUGGCUGGGUGUUGGUCUAUGGUGCAAUGGGUGUCCACCCCGAGGUUGUGAGGACGACGAAGCAAUAAUACAUGGGUACUGUUGUGGAUGUAAGCAUGUGUUCGAUAAUUUACCAAUACUAUGUCCAGAAUUUCUCCAAUGCCCUCUCAACUUGCACGGCCUCUGUCACGACUAUGAGUAUAUGAUGAGAUGUUGCUGUUGA